CCAUGUUUUAAAUCUUUUAUGAAAAAUGCUGCGGAAAACGAUAAAAUAAUUCCUCAAAACUCUACUUUUGUGAGUCAAAAAUAACAGCCAUGUUCGUAGAAAAGCUCAAAGAAGAAGUCUACGAUGUUAUCGCUCAAGAACGUGUCCUGGUUCUUGUGUCCAUGGAUGUUGAUGCUUUAUGUUCAUGCAAGAUCUUACAAUGGCUGUUCAAGUGUGACAAUAUUCAAUACACACUAGUCCCAAUUAGUGGUAAAGAGGAUCUAGCAAAGGCAUAUUUGGAACAUUCUGACCAGAUUAAACAUAUUUUUCUCAUCAAUUGUGGAGGGAAUAUCAAUUUACUUGAGACAUUGGAACCUGAUGAAGAUGUGAGAUUUUAUGUUGCAGACAGUCACAGGCCAUUUGACUUGGACAACAUUUACAAUCAAGAUCAGGUCAAGUUACUCAUGAAAGAAGGAGAAACCCUAGAGGUUCCAGAAUUUGAUGACAUUUAUGCAGAUUCUGAGGAUGAAUUUGAUGAAGAUAAUGAUGAAGAAGACAAUGAUGAUGGUUCAGAGCCAUCAUCAAAGCGGCAAAAGACUGAUGGGGAGACGUCAAUUAGUUCAAGAGGAAAAAGACGGCAGUGGGAAAGAAAAAGACAGGACAUUCUGUACAGAUACUAUGAAUUUGCAUUUUAUGGAACAGCAUCUUCAGUUAUAAUGUAUGAACUUGCAUGGAAGAUGAGUAAAGACAGUAAUGACUUACUAUGGUGGAGUGCAAUAGGACUGACAGACCAGUUUGUCAAUGAAAGAAUUGACAGCGAUAAGUAUGUUAGUGAUGCAGAGAGUCUACAUGAACAUGUGAUGCGACACAACCAUGGAACAGAUGAAAAUGGUGUCUCUAUCAACUGUAUGAAAAUUGCUUUUGACACAGAGAUGCGUUUGGCAUUAUACAGACACUGGUCUCUGUUUGAUAGUAUUUGUCAUUCUAAUUAUACUGCAUGCAGGUUUAGGGUGUGGACAAUGAAAGGAAAAAAGAAGUUACAUGAAUUCUUGGCUGAUAUGGGUAUCCCACUUGCACAGAGCAGAGAAAAUUACACCAGUAUGGAUGUAGAGUUGAGGAAUAACCUAAAGGAAUGGGUUUGCACUUCAGCUGAAAAAUUUGGAAUGGAUGAAAUAACAUAUGGAUCGUUCAAUGUUCAAUAUGGAUUCAGAAACAAGCUUUGUGCAAGUGAUUGUGUUUAUGCUGUCAUUGCUUUACUAGAAGCACCGGAAGAAGCUAGUAAAUCAGAUAAAUUCCUGGAAGCACUGGACUCUCUUUCAAGGUCCAACACAAGUCUUCUUAAUGAAGGGAUCACAAUGGCUAAGACUCAGAUGAUUGCAUUAGUCAACCAAGUCCGUUCAUUAAUUGACAUGCAUCAAGUUGUGUGUGCUGGGCCGUUCCUCUAUGCAUAUCUGCGAGAGGGAACUCCUGACCUCAAAAUGUUCAGUAAGCCCAUCGUUCUUGGUGCACUUGCACGAUAUGUUCUCAGUGCAUAUGUAGGAAUGUCUAAGAAUAAAAGAGCAGCUGCCUUGCCGUUCGUACUGGCCGUACCACUGGAUACUGAUAAGGGGACAUGUUUAGUGACAGGCGUUCCACCAAUCGCUGAUGAGUCUAAAAAGAAUUUUCUUGGACGCGCUUUUGAAAUGGCUGCAGAGAAGACCAAAGCGCGUUCUCAACAUGACUACUUCGAUCCUGCAGUAAUUGAAAUCAAGAGUGAAGAUCGAGAGAAGUUCUUUGAUGCUUUAUCUGCUCUUCUCCUAUAAUCACUAUUAAUGAUUGAUGAUUAUCUAGUAAGUUAAUGUCGCCACACAAAUCCAUGUAAAUCCACUAUAAAUACUACUGGCUAGCCUGCGUAGCUGCGCUUUAGGCCCUUUUAAAGCGCCGCAACGCAGGCUAACUGGCUCGUAGAAGCGUGGCUUAUUUAUCCAAACCAUGUGCAACAUGAAGCUAUCUCAUGCAGCAGCCAUUACCAUGAGAUUAAAACCUCUUGUUUAUGGUAAACCUAACUGACUAGAUCUCUAGAAUGCAAGGCUGCGUGGAAAAAAAGCUAUUGUUCAAUCAACAUGGGUGCCGCAUGAGAAAGAUCCAUGUUUUAAAGCUAUCUAUCGUGUUAUUAAGUAAUUGGUAUACUGCUGACAGGACUGUAUCAUGGACUCAGAUAGUCACGUAUGUAAUAUAAAAAUGUAACCUGUAAGGUUUAUUAAUGUAAUUGAAUCUUUGUUAAAAAUGCAACAAAUCCAAUACCCAAUGAAUCUAAUUACUGACUAAAAACAUAAGAUAGCUUGGAAGCGGAAUCCCUGUGAAUAAUCUGCUUUCAGUAUAGAGUAGAUUUUGUAUGACUGCGAAACGGCAGGCCAUAUGGCACGGUCACGGUACUGUAAUAUUCAACCAAUAUACUAACUUUUAAGUUUAUUUAAAAAUACGGCUGUUCCACGGCGCAGUACGUGCGUAAAGUGUGUUUUUCAGUCAUGCAAAAUUUGAUUUAUCCGUUUUUCUUAAGGUUACGUGCGCAUACAACCUCCUUAAAAAAAUAGAAAGAGAUUUUUAAAACUGUUUACGCCGCAUUCACUUGUCGAAACGUUCCUUCGCGUUUGUUCAAGUAUUUUGGGUUUGGCCGUAAGCGCGCAACCCUGAGAUAAAGGUUUAUAUAAUGAUAUAAAAAUAUAACCUUAAUAAAAUCUCCAGUAUUAUAAUUGCUGAUCAUUCAUUUCUUGUACAUAAAUGAUGUGAUAAGCCAUCGCGUACGCUCACUCAUCGUCUGCUGUGAAGAUGAGUGAUUCAUCGAAUAUUGGAUCAUGUUUUUAAAAUAAUUGGAUGUAAGGCCCGUGCAUGAACUUUUUUCUAAUGUAUAAUCAAAAAGUUCCACACAUGCUAGAGUGACCACAGUAAAUCCGUGAAACUUUAGUAAUAUUAAAUAGCACAAUUUCGUGCAAAUUCCAUUGUUUUCUAUUG